AUGAAGACAGAAGAUGAUUUGGAAUCACCUCAUCCAGAGUCAUUUUUUUUUCUUAAUGAAUCUGGAAUUGUGGGGAACAUCUUUAUAUUUGUGAUUCAUGUAUACACUUUUGUCACAGGUCCUGACAGAAAACCCACAGACCUUAUCCUAAUUCACCUGGCUUUUUCAAAUACAAUCAUUAUUUGUAGCACAGGUAUCAGAGACAUAGCCACUGUCUUUUAUUUCAGAAACAUCAUAAGUAAUGUUGGUUGUAAAACUGUGACUUAUCUGGGAAGGGUGGCUAGGGGCCUUUCCAUCUGCACCACAUGUCUCCUCAGUGUGGUCCAGGCUGUCACCAUCAGUCCUAGGAACACACUGUGGAGAAAGCUCAAACCACAGAACACAUGGCAAGUUCUUCCCUCUCUCCUCUUUUUUUGGAUUCUUAAUUCUCUGAUCAGCUCCAACUUGCUCCAGUACAUCACAGCAGUCAAUAACACAAAUGGAUCUGGAAUUGGAAUGUAUAUUGGAUAUUGUUACAUGCUACCAUCUAGGCAAGUAGUUAGGUGGCUUUUCCUCUGUCUCAUGGCUUUUCAGGAUGUCAUCUUUCAGAGUCUCAUGGGCUUGAGCAGGUACAUGGCUUUCCAUCUGUAUAAGCAUCAGAGUGUCUUCUACCUUCAUAGCUCCAGGUUUGCAAACAAUUCCAGGACAUCCAAACGACGUCCUUUGGUUUCUCCUGCGUUUGUUAGGCGGGAAAGGCGGUGGUAA